UCUAGCGAGACGGUUCGUAUCGCGCGCGAAAAUAAAGCAUAUCUUUAAUUUGGUAAUCGUAAAAUAUCUUUAAUGAUCAUCCCUCUCGAUCAUCAUCAUUCCGAUUCACUUAAUUCUCUCCUCUAUCGCUACUUCGCGGAUCCCACGUCGAUGAUUCGGUAUCUUUCGCUAUCUCUCGAAGAAGAAAGAUUUCAAAGAAAAAGAAAAAAAUUUUUCAUACCAAGUGAUCGUAAUGAUGAUGAAAGUGGUGUCGCCCAUGUUGACAAAAUUGGAGGAAAGGAUCAACGACCGCUCCUUCAAGUUUACACAUGGUAAUUGCCGCGCUCGAUCUGAAAAUUACGUUUAAAAUUACCAACAUAAAAUUUCCACGCACGGUGUUUACGGAUUUCCCGAUCCACCGUGGAGGCCGGAUUAUCAAGGAAUAGCCGACGAAUCAUCCCUUCGCACACCGAUAUUCGGUGAUAAAUGUCUCUUGCGGACUGUGGCUGAAAGCGAUAAUCUCCAGAUCAAUGGAGGAUUAUGAAGUCGGGGAAUCACAGGCCGGCGGAAGUCAGGGGCCGUUCAACACCUCGCUGGGGAUUGUGGGAUGCGACGAACCACCCUUCAAAGGCGCUCUUCUGGCCACUGCCUGGUUUCAGGCGAUCAUUUACUUUCUCUACAGCUCCAUAUUCCUCACAGCACUGCUCGGAAACGGACUUGUUUGCUACGUUGUCUACAGCAGUCCGAGGAUGCGCACAGUCACCAAUUACUUCAUAGCCAAUCUAGCCGUCGGCGAUAUUCUGAUGACCCUCUUCUGCGUGCCGACUAGCUUUGUCAGCACGCUUAUACUCCAAUACUGGCCUUUUGGUCCUGAACUCUGUCCAGGUGUUAAUUACUCCCAGGCGGUGUCGGUCUUGGUCAGCGCCUACACUUUGGUAGCGAUAAGCGUUGACCGUUACACGGCGAUAAUGUGGCCGCUUAAACCACGGAUGACAAAACGCCAAGCCAAAAUCGUCAUCCUCUCGGUCUGGCUUGUGGCUUUGGCAACUGCCUCCCCCAUCGCCGCCGUUUCUCGGCUUGUCCAGCCCGCCGAGCAGUUCGUCAAGUGCGGGAGAUAUAUUUGCCACGAGGACUGGCCGACCAAUGAUUACAGGUACUAUUACUCCAUGGCGUUACUGGUGAUGCAGUACCUGAUCCCGCUGCUCGUCUUGAUGUUUACUUACACGAGCAUCGCGGUUGUCGUCUGGGGAAAGCAGAUACCUGGGGAAGCCGAGAACACGAGGGACCAGAGGAUGGCGCGCUCGAAAAGAAAGAUGGUGAAAAUGAUGAUGACCGUCGUGAUAGUCUUUACAAUAUGCUGGCUUCCGUUCAACGUACUGACGCUCGCCCUUGACCACGAUGACCGGUUACGAGUAUGGUCGGGAUUGCCCUACCUAUGGGCCGCUCUCCACUGGCUAUCUAUGUCUCAUUCCUGCUAUAAUCCGGUUAUCUACUGCUGGAUGAAUGCCAGGUUUAGAGCCGGGUUUCUGCUGACCCUUGCACGAGUUCCGUACAUGCAACGGAUCAUCCCUCAGGGUCGUCGAAGAACGCACCAUACCAGCAUGGCGGGAAUUGCUCUAACCGGAUUGGAGGCUCCGGACAACUCGAUUCUCCGGAGGAUCAACACCUGCAGCACCUAUAUUAGCGUCAGGCGAAAACCAAGCGGGCACCAUUAUGCUCCUGCACGAUCCGCUAGCCUCCGUCACACGGAUCUCAUCUCGUCAAGAUCGGGUCAGACGCAGAGUCGCCGUCUCAUUCGACUCGACUCACAUCCGGAGGAACGAAUCUAGUCGAAAAUAAACAUAAACAAAGUAUAUAUUUAACUCCACGACAUUCUUCUCUAAGGAACAAAUCAUUGCUUUUAGUUUGAAUCAUUUCCUUAUUUUUCUUUUAUAUUGAACAAAUCAGCGAGUCGUGCUAUAUCGUGUUAAUUUAAUAUACUCCGAAAGAAUAUAAAUUUGACUCUAUCACGCUUUGCAGAGAAACUAUUUAUCGGUUUUUUUCUUCUACCGAAAGCAAGAUAAAAAUAUGAUAGAGUUCAGGUAAAUUCGCCUGUCUGUAGGCAACUGCAUUUAAUGUUUAAGUUAAUGUUUGUUAAGAUGCCUAUGCACAGAAGUCCCUGGUGUGACUAGAGUUGCCUGCCCACAGACGUUUUCUAUAUAAUUUAUUUUCAUACAGAAGCAGACGAAUAAUCGAGAAAAAUAGAAUGCAUAUGAUACUGUAAAUAUAUUGGAAUAAUUAAGUAUCGUAACGCAACAUAUCCUCGCAAGCGAUUUCAUUCUGCUGCUGGAAUCUUUUUUUUCUGUGAGUUUAGAUUUUCAGGGAGAUUUUCUAUCUUAGUUCUUAUUGGAUCUACGGGGUUCUGCACAACCAGAAAUCCCAUCGCGGUUCGAUAUUACAGUAUUCAAAGGUCUGAUUUAAUCAUUGCGCGGAUAUCAUCGCAUUUCGUUGUUGAUAAUCCGUAACAAUGAAGUAAACGAACUAGUCGCACACCCCAUAUACAGUACAAUAUGAAAUAUCAGGUGUCUAGCCAUAAAAUAUAAAUAUUGACUGUGCUGUCACGGGGAAAAACAAAAAGUGCGAAUAAAAAAUAAGUCAUUGUUAUCUUAUAUUUAAAUGUAAGCUGUGUAACGCUUUGCAUAAGAUUUUUAUUUUCGUUUAUAUAAUAAUGGUAUUGGUAUGAAUACAUAAUGACUUAUAUAUGUUCAUAUGAAUAUAUGUUACCAGUAUGUAUAUUAUACAAUGUCUAACAACAUUACAGGUUACAAAUACGUAAUUAUAAUUAAUGUGUAAAAGACUGUUGACCAUAAUACGGGUUAAAUGAAUCUUGUCGUAUUUACUGUUACUAAUUUAGCCAUCUCGAAAAACUAAACUAACAAGUACAUAUUAGAUAUACUUAACGAUUUAUAUUAAUAAAAUAUUAUGUACACAGACAUAUGCGACAUGCCAACGCGCAGAGGAAAUUCGCCAGUAAACGCGCCUCGCCCUUAUACUGUAAUAAAAUGGUUCUAUAUGCAUAUAAGGGACUUUCCUUUACAAA